UCGUCAAGGGGCUGCUCAAAGUUGGGCAGAAGAACUUGUUCAUCCGGAAGGAGUGCGGUGCUCUCGUGGAGAUCAAUCCAUUGUGCGUGCUGGAUUUCUAUGUCCACGUUUCGUGCCAAAGGUCAUAGAACAGAAUCGGUCUUGGUCGGCAGCUUUUCGACGCCAUGCUUGUUCAUACGAAGAAACUUGCGUACCAGAUCGGAUACGAUCGACCAUCACAAAAACUUCUCUCGUUCCUCGCUAAGCAUUACAACCUGAAAAGAUUUUAUCCUCAGGCUAAUCAGUUUGUGAUCUACAACGCAUACUUUGACAGUUCAUGUCCGGAUGACAUGAGGGUCCAGAGCCGAGUUUGCGAUUGCAUCCGAGGCAACCAGAAGUCCUGCGCAGUGGCCUUACUCGAUUCUCCAAGAGCCAAGGAGAUAUAUCACGGCCGCCGCGCAAACAAGACACCAGAACCAGAGCCAGACAUAGACAUCGAGCCAGCUCCACUUCCGGUCUCUGCCAAAUACACCGAGAGCUCGAGUGACGACAAGGUCACGGUGUUGCAAGAGGACGAAGUUAAAGUCGUUCCUUCGGUGACACAGGUGUUCUCCGAGCUCCAAGGCAUGGACAACCAUUACGACUGGAUGACCGGCAUGAAGAAACCACUGUUGAAGCCGGCGAGAUCGGUGGCCUGGAAAGGAGUGGAGUUUCCAAGCCAGGAUUUGUCAAGCACGGGGCUGAUGGACCGUGGCAAGCUGAAGUCUAGCAGCGACGUAUAUGAUUCUUUGCGGCUGGGAUCAGCGAAGUCGCCAGUGCCAGAGGGCUUGAGGCGAAGCAAGAGCCCAAAGUCGAGCCACCGAGCACAGCUAUCGGGAUUUGGUGCCGCUGCUGCUUUGGGAUUCAACCAGAGAUGACAAAGAAGAACUGGU